AUGUGGUUGUCCCCACGAAUAAGAAGAAUCCCCUUGGUCAUCACCUUUCUCAUCGUACUCCCUGUCUUUUUCGUUCUUUACCAGGAGUCACGCUCGCUCUUUCUGUUCUACAACAUCCAUCCCUACCCAAAAUUCCGCGAUGGAGCACGCAGUUCAUGGGUGCCAGUGCCUGAACGUGCCGCAGAGGCAGACAAAUGGAACCAGCCUGGCUGGUGCUGUCCGUAUACCUCACCAGCCGAUGGGGGACCCAAUGAGAAGGACAAAGAGAAUAAUAUCUGGAGAGCAAGAUCGGUCGCUUCGUGGGAGUGGGUAUUGGAGGAUGGGAAACCAAUGAGGGCGUGGGAUGCUGAAGCGUUCAUCGGGUGCGCACUCAAGAGUUGUGGGGGGGUGGUAGUUAUUGGAGAUUCAGUGGCAGUCCAAAUGUUGUACAGACUUGAAACACUUCUUGGCACACAUCGCAGAGAUUGGCCAUGGACGAUUGCUCAGGAUACAAAGGUCGAUGAUAAAGGGAUGUACCUUCUCUCCUUGACACUCACCCUGGAGCCUGCAAACCCAUUUUUCAAAAAGCUUCUUGCAAAACCCUCGCUCGCAUCGGUGCCUCGAUCACGAUUUUAUCAACCUUUCCUCACCUCCUACCACUCAGACGUCCUCAUGGAUGAAUCUGCACUCAACAUUACAAUGACCAAAGCCGGAAUGAUGGAGACUUUGAACCCUACACAUCAUAUAUCCAAGGGCGAUCAGCGUCAAGGUCUGUGGAAUGCCAGUAAGGAAGAAGGAUGGCCCUGGGAGCGCGAUACUAUUGUGGUCCUCAAUAGUGGCCCUCAUUGGACAACUUGA